AUGUUACAAAUAUUUCUAAUCUUAUUUUUAUUAUUAUUAUCUGGACUGAUUUAUUGCUCGAAAAAAACAAAACCAGUGCAAAUCCCGGAGAAAAUCGAGUCAAAAAAAGAAAAAGAAGUGCCAAUUAACAUCUAUCGAAAUGAGAAAACAAACCCUAUUCCAUCAAAAACUUAUAAGACACUUAUAGAUUGGUUGAAAAAGAAUUUCAGCGAUUUUUCGAAUUGUGCAAAAGGAAAAUCUGCGGGUUAUAUCAAAUCAACAGUUGAAACCAGUAAUUCCGCAACAUUUUAUGCGUUUGACUCAAAUCCGACUUUAAAUCGCUACAUUUCACCAAAAUGUAGGGAUUCUUCUCGAGUGAUUCUCGAAAAUCAUAAAACUGAUUAUAUCAAUGCGAAUUGGGUGGUUUGUGUUAGCAAAGAAUAUCGAGGAAAGAAUAUUUUGACACAGGCGCCGCUCAAAAAUACAAUCCCAGAUUUUUGGGCGAUGAUUUAUCAAGAGAAAGUUGAAUAUAUUGUGAUGUUUUGCGGAUUUAUGGAACAAUGUGCACGAUAUUUGCCAAUUAAAGAAGGAGGUGUUGAGAAAUACGAGAAUUUUGAGGUGAAAUUUGUGAGAAAGGAAAAGGAUCCGGUGGAAGGUGUUAGUUGGAAAAUUCUCCAUUUAUAUGAUAGAAAAUCGAUUGAUACGAGGCCACGAAGAGUUAAUCAUAUUCAUGUGACUUCGUGGGCUGAAAAUACAACACCUGAUGAUCCGAAAUUGAUUGUGGAAUUGUAUCGAUGGUUGAUGAAAAAGAAUGAAUCACAUAUUCCAAUGGUAUUUCAUUGUAAUAAUGGGAUUGGAAGAUCUGCCAUUUUUGCCGCGAUUUAUUUUUUGAUUCGACUGGAUUUUGAUGAAGAUGAUUUAUUGAUUUCGGGUAUGAGAAUGAACUGA